CUGAAAGCUGCAAUGGAGUUCCGUUUGCUCCUGGCUAGUCUGUCGACUUUUUUAUUUAUUGUACACAUGUAAAUAAGGAGAGAGACGUAAUAGCGACAGACUGAUAUACGAUUCAAUCUGUGUGACAUGGCUGUCUGUUUCAGAUUAAGGGGAGCGCUUUAAUGUAUCGGUUAUGUUUGCUAAGCUAACAAAGCUAACCCCUUCCUAGAGGCAGAAUACAACAGAGGAGCUUGGAUGCAAUCAGAUGGCUUCAGCGUCUGCUGCUGUGAAAGAAUGGCGGGAAGGUGACUGUUGUCUUGCUCCGAGUUCCCCUGACGGCAUCCUGAGAGAAGCUACCAUACAGAGACUGACCUCCAGUACACAGACUAAUGAUACAGCAUGGGUGAUAUUCAGGAGAGAGCCAGGAGAGGAAGAGCAGAAGCAGGAAGAAAUAUCUAUCACAAAACUUAUGAGAUUUGGCUUAAAGCAAUCUAUACAAGAGAAACCUGUGUUCCCUGGCAGCAACACCGACACAAUCUUCUGCACUCCUUUACAUCUGAGGGAUGAAGACACAGUCCCUUAUACCAUCAACAGAUAUUUAAGGGAUUACCAAAGGGAUGGGAUCAGGUUCAUUUACAACAACUACAUGACCUCCACUGGUUGUAUCCUGGGAGAUGACAUGGGCCUUGGAAAAACUGUGCAGAUUAUAGGUUUUCUUGCUGCUGUGUUGCACAAAACUGGGACAUGGGAAGACGUAGAGAACAACAGGCCUCAGUUUCUCCAAACUCAGAUACCCUCCAAUCAAAGUAAUCCUAGCAAGGUGUUUCUGAUUGUGGCCCCACUGUCAGUGCUUUAUAACUGGAAGGAUGAACUGGACACAUGGGGUUACUUCCAGUGUGUGGUGGUCCACGGGCUGAGGAAGGAGGAGGAGCUCGCACGCAUCAAGAAUGGCCGCAUCGAGAUCGCUCUCACCACCUACGAGACUCUCCGCCUCUGUCUGGAUCAGUUUAAUAAAAUCAACUGGUCAGCAGUGGUUGUUGAUGAGGCUCACAAGAUAAAAAACCCAGAGUCCCAGAUCACUCGAUCUAUGAAGGAGCUGAGAUGUAAGAACAGAAUCGGUCUCACUGGGACCAUCUUGCAAAACAACCUGGAAGAGCUGUGGUGUGUUAUGGAUUGGGCCAAUCCAGGUUGCCUUGGCAACUUGGGGCAUUUCAAGAACAAUUUCUCGGAUCCCAUCGAAAAGGGGCAGAGGCACAGUGCGACCAAACGUGCCCUGGCUACUGGAAGGAAGACUGUUCGAGCCCUGGUGAGGAAGAUUGCUCCUUUUUUCCUCAGGAGAACGAAAGCGCUCAUCAAAGAGCAGCUGCCAAAGAAGGACGACAGGGUAGUGUACUGCUCUCUGACAGACUUUCAGCAGACUGUUUAUCAGGCAGUGCUGGACACUGAGGAUGUGACGUUACUGCUGAGGUCUUCAGAGAAAUGUGACUGCCAAAGUGGACGCACCCGAAGGGGCUGCUGCUAUCAAAAAAACUCUCAGGGUGUUUAUGUAAAGCAUCUGUACUUUACCUACUUAACCAUAUUGAGGAAGGUUGCCAGCCAUGCAGCCCUCCUUCAGUCUACUUCAGACACCAGCAAGAAACAGGAAAAGUAUGUGAGUUCCAUCUGUGCUAAGGUUUUUCAGAAGUUCCCAGACUUUGUGCAAAGAUGCAAAAAUGAAGCCUUUGAAGCUCUUUCAGACCCGAUAUAUAGUGGAAAAAUGAAGGUUUUGCAGAAGCUUCUGAAGUACUAUCUGCAGAAGAGAGACAAAGUGCUCAUCUUUUCUCUGUCAACCAAGCUUUUAAAUAUCCUGGAGAGUUACUGCAUGGCAGAGGGACUGGAUUUUAGUCGAUUGGACGGAACCACCAAGUCCAGAGAAAGAGUCCAGAUUGUGAAAGAAUUCAACAGCUCUUCUCACGUCAAUCUGUGCCUGGUUUCUACCAUGGCGGGGGGUCUUGGUCUUAACUUUGUAGGUGCUAACGUUGUUGUGCUGUUUGACCCCACCUGGAACCCAGCCAAUGAUCUUCAGGCUAUUGACAGGGCGUACCGUAUCGGCCAGUGCAGGGACGUCACUGUUCUCAGGCUGAUCUCACUUGGGACUGUAGAGGAGGUUAUCUACCUCAGACAAUUAUACAAACAGCAGUUGCAGUGUUCAGUAGUCGGUAAAGAGAGCGCCCGGCGGUACUUUGAAGCAGUGCAGGGAAACAGUGUCUAUAAAGGAGAACUGUUUGGGAUCAAAAAUCUGUUCAGGCUGCAGAUAGAAGGAACAUGUCUCACCCGCAGGAUUUUACAGCGAGAGGGACAAGUGGAGGCCGGUGUCAUAACAACAAAAACACACAAAGAAGGCGAGAAGGAGAACAAGACGAUCCGAAAUGAAGAGCAUGGAGACAACACGCAGUCAAAGGAUGAAGCACCUGAGGAGAACAUGCAUGUCUCAAAAAUCCCAAAAGGUGUGCUGGAUUUCAGCAGUGGGAGCGAAACUGAUGAAGAGUUGCAAGGGCCAAAGCCAAAGACUACAAAUUCGAGUGCAGGCCAUGGCAACAGGAGUGGCAAAGCUGCUGGUGGACUUGUUCACAUGAGUCUUCUCCAACAUGGCUUCUCCAGACUCCUUGAAACUGUCAAGGAUAGACAGCAGCUGAGGGAAGGAGACUGUAGUUCUUCUGCUGAAGGUAGUCCCUUUGAGGAGGAGGCAGGAGAUCAAAAGAUAGACGAUACCUCCACAGGCAUCUGCACAACUUCCUGUGAAGGAAAUGGUGCUGCCCGCCUCCCAGAAUCUGAAACAAAACCCCAGAACAAAUCCAUCGGCUCAGACAGACAAGACAGAGAUGAUGGAAAUAACAUUUUGUUGUUACAAAAGGGGGAUUAUGCUGAAAGACAAAGAUUGGGCCUGAAAAGACGGCUAAAUAAACAAAUUGCAGUGUAUGAUGAGAGUGAUGGAAAUUCCUCACCAGAAAACAAGAAAUCUAAUAGGCUUAAAACUACAGUUGCAAAAGUGCAUCAGUUUGAAGGAUGCUCAGAUGAAUCUGAGGAUUUAGACAUAGAGGCACAAAUAUGUUCCAAAAGGGGAGCUUCAAAUUUGCAUAACAAAGAAGAAAAUAGAGGCGGGAGGAAGCCGGGCCGUGGCAGAAGAAGGCAAAGUGGCGGAGCAAGAGACAAGGCAAGAUCCAAGUAUACGGAAGUGAUAGAAGUUUUUACAUCUUCAGAAGAUGAACGUUCAGCUCCAGGGAGACGAGCGGGAAGGUCAGAAGUUGCUUCAUUUACGAGUCUGAGAGGUUCAACAACUCCAGCAUCUGAGGAAAAGGAGCAAACCAUUGACAACGUGCUGGGACGUGUGCAAGAGGUGGUGUAUAUGCACUCUAACCAGCGGGUGGUGGGUGGCAGCAGAGCAGAGGAGCUGAUCAGCAGAGCGGCUGUGCGGGACGUGUUUGAACGCAAAAUGUACUCACAGCUUCCGGCCAACAACCUGCUGGGAACCCAGGAGUUCCAGAGCCUGCCAGCGAGUUUACCAGACAACCAGCCUAACACCAGUGCCAUCCGUCUGCAGAGGCCCAACGUGGAUCAUCCAGUGAUCUUCUCCAGCAAGAAGAUCCACCACAGUGGAUGCACUACAGUCAUUAUUGGAGAUACUCCCAAAGCAGUCUGCAGGCAGCAACUGGAGGAAAUGGCCCAACAUUUCAAAUUUGUUUCGGUCCAUCAGUUUGCCGCUGAGAUUCUGAAAGGAAGUUCAUCUCAUAGACUCGACUGGCUCUGUCGGUACUACACUUCACUGAACCACUCUGAUGUGGCCGAAGCUGUCAGAGAAAACUUCCCUGACACGACAGCGCAGCCUUCCUCUCCUACAACUGCUGCUUUCUCAUCAUCUACUAAAAUGUCAGACAAAAAUCAACAAUUUAAAUCUUCCAGAGUCAGAAAAGUAAGGAAAUACAGUCAGACCAGAAGAACUAGCCCCAGAUCUCCACAAAGCAAUAUUUCUUCACCACAGAGUGGAUCUGGCAUCCUAAAAAAUAAUGGUCUUGAACCACCAAAAAAGGCAGGGAUAUCUGAGAAGAAUCUCCCAGAUCCUCUACAGGAUGUUCAAAGGUUUGUGUCAGAGGAGCAGGAAGAAAUGGUCUCCAGUGCCAGCAGACAUUCAAGGACACAGAAGAGCAGUGUUUCUUCUGCUGGAGCCUGCCGAGCUGGUGGUGGUCUUGCCGUAGAUCGGGCCAGCAGCCUCGGUCAGGGAUCCAGGGAGUCUGCUGUUGCUGCUUUCCUGAAGCACACAGACAGAGACUGCCCUUCUUCGCCUGACCUCAGGCGUUGCAGCUCUGCCAUGUUAUCCAAACCCACACCUCAAGACAGGGAACAAGGAAUCCAGGAAUCCUCACUGAGGACGGGUGAAACAUCACAAGAAAGUUCUGAGCCUCCUUCUGCAUUGUGCAAUAGCUCCCACCUCAAAGAUCUUAUAGGAGAUACAUCCAUUCUUGAUGAUUUGCUGAAACCUAAAGGCAAGAAUGUGCAACAGAAAAGCGCCCCAAAAACACCUCCCGUAUCUUCUUUGCUGCUAAACCCAAAACCCGACACAUCUUCUUCACUUAAACUAACUUUAGGUACUGAUUCAAGCUCAGUUACACAAAAUACUGCACUGGUGCAGACAUCAAGAAGCGCUCGCAAAGACAUCUGGGACAUCCUCAGUGAGGGCAAUGAAGAGAGAAUCAACAGACUAACAGACCCAGAGGAGGUCCAGAAAGUUUGCCUUAACACCACUUUUGCCACUCGAGGUUUUUCUGGACGAAAGGAAAGCAAAAAUCUCUGGAAAACAAAUGACAAGUUUCUAUGGAGGAAAUGACACAAUAAAGCCUGGGCAAUUAAUGACCUUGGGAAGGUUUGAAUGGAUUGUCCUUACGUUCCUCCGUUUGAAACUCUAUUUGCUUUUAUUUUUACAUGUCAUAAUCAAACUCUUGCAACUCCUGCUUGCAUCAUUCCCAUAACACAAAAGCAAAGUCAGGCUCAUUUGUGCUUUAAUUAUUUCAUGAGCAUGUCGUAACACACAGCUGUUUGACCCCUUUCAGCUAUUGUGUUGAGGUAAACGGACACCCCAAAAGAAAAUUUGUGCUCCGUGUUGUGUUUAGCAGAAAUUAGAACGUGCCAAUCAGUAAGCAAGAGAAAGGGAUGGAUGUCUCAAAAGACCGCACAGGUUGUGUUCGUACUACUGGGUGGCAGAUCGCGUCAUGCAAGUGUAUGCCAUAGCCACACCCGUGUUAAAUCGUACACAGGAAGAAAUAAAACACCUUUUUUCCCCAGAACCCUAAACCACUUUUUUCUUUCAUCUGCAGAUUCCAGUUUUUGUUUUUUUUUGUUAAUUGUUUUUGUCAUCAAAGGAAAAAGAUUUUUUCUAACUUUUUCUAACACCUGCUUGCUGGGAACGGUUUAUGUCUAAUCAAACAAUGCCCUCAUUGUAUCUUAUAUUUAAAGCCAUCUGUAUAAGUUUGCCAAUGAUGGAAAACCAAGUAACAGUAACAGUUACCCUGUAGAUAUCAGGUUGUGGCACCUAAUUUGGUUUUACAAGACUGUUUAUGAGUCUUGACAUCCUUUUUGAGCUAGAUUGCCACUCAUCUUUGCUUCCAAUCCAAAAUUUGUGAACUCUUUGUCACAAACUUAAAACUUUGUCCACGGAUGGAAAACAGUUGAUUUUGGUUAACAAAUUCUUAUGCCAGCUACUUGUUAAUACAUGCAAACUUGCAGUUUUCUUCAGCUUGAAUGAAAAUACCGAUUUAUAUUGGAGCCUUUAUGUAUUCUACUGUUGAUUUGCAAAAAGCAAUAAUGGAUAUAAUGGAUUCAAAUGUAAGCACCAAAUUUUUGUUUGUAAAAUUCCUUAAAUCUACUGUACUGUUAUAGCAACCUACAAAGCGAUGGUCGAUCAUGUGCAUAAGGCCUUUAGAGAGGCACUGUAUUCGUUAGGGAACAUGCGGAUUUUGUUUAAGUCAUUAAAUAUAAUGUACGUGGGAAGAAUUAUUACAACAUUUUAGCGCAAGAUUUAUUAACAGAAACUUCAGGGUGUCUCAUCAAGCUAACAGCUGCAGUGGAGGGGUGCAGAGCUUUCCUGCUCUUACCGUAACAGGCAGAGGAGGUCUCUCAACAUUAAAAAAACACCUCUCUCCCUUCAUUAGGAAAUUACACUCAAUUUGCCCCUCAUUCCUAUCCAGUUACCCAGGAAACUGUUAGCUGUAAUUUGGGUUAAUACACUGGCUCCUGGUCCUUCCGUUCCCCAUUGUGCCCCAUCAUAAAAGAGACAUAAUGCAGAUGCAUAAAAACUUCUGCCAACCGAGUGUCUAAUACACUGACUCACACAGUAAAGGAGGCUAAUCCUCUUUCUUUUUUUUUUUUUUUUGCUCACAUAGAUCACCACUGGGAAUUAAAAAUGCUAAUGAAUUGCACUGGAAGGAUUCCACAAUAUUUGUAUGGAGCUCUAGCUAUUAAAAUUUGAAAAGACUUUUAAGUUAAAAAAAAAAAUCUACUCAAAAGAGCAGAGUAGCAAGAAGUAGAGGGAGGUCUGCUCUUUUGCUUCUUACAGACAAAAGGAAUGGAAAACUGUGUGUUUUACCAUGGGGUAAAUAUUGAGAGAGUAGAGAUAUAAACGAAGUGAAGAACUGCCUGGGUCUCUGUUGCUCUGCCAAAAGCAUGUGCGUCACUUGAUCCAUUGUUUAGUGUGGAGAGGUCUCUGCAAGCAGGCGGCUGCCUCCCUGCUCCAGCUGCGGCCGCUCCACUGUUUAUGUUUGCUGGGCCCUUCGCCUUGAAGUGAGGCUAUACAAGCAAAGCCCAGCCAUAUGUGAGCGUUUGGCCAUCAGGAGAAAAAAAAUCACUAGUCUUCUCUUUUUUUUAAUCCAUACUUCUACUGUUUCUCACCCUCAAGCUCAAUUUCUUUGUGUCUUUUUAUCUCUUGUUUUGUCUACUUUCCACCAAACAUUAGCCACCGAACAUUAGUUCGGCCCCAAACUUCUUCCUCAUUUGGGGAAGUGGAAAGGUUGAAAUAAUCGUCUUCUAUAAAAAUGUUGGUCUUGGAUGAGGGGGGCACAAUGUUUAAAACUUUAAGAGCUCAAUGUCAGAUUAUUUCACCUAAUGUAAGAAUGGACAGCACAAUUCCAAGAUAGUUAAUCAGAAAGUGGUUUGCAAAGUUUGUAAAAGUUUAACCUUUUCACCUUUUGUAAUAUAAAACCACAUGCUUAAUUGUUUUCUAUUAUGAUUUUAUGUAACAAACCAGCAUAAAGUCAAGCAUGAUUCUGAAGUGUAAGGAAUAUGGCUUUCAAAAAGAA